AUGGCUGCCCAGGCUAGUGAAAAGCUGCAGAAGCUCGACCCCGCCAAGAAAAAGAAGAAGCGCAAGUCCAAGAAGAAGAAGAAGGGUGGCGCCAAGGUCCAGAGCUCUCCGCCGCGCGUUCCGAUCUCGACUUUGUUCCCGAACAACCAGUUCCCCGAAGGAGAGAUUGUCGAGUAUCAGAAUGAAAACUCCUACCGCACCACCAACGAGGAGAAGCGCUACCUCGACCGCAUGAACAAUGACUUCCUCCAGGAGUACCGCCAGGGUGCUGAAGUGCACCGCCAGGUCCGUCAGUAUGCGCAGAAGAACAUCAAGCCCGGCCAGACUCUGACGGAAAUCGCCGAGGGCAUCGAGGACGCUGUUCGGGCUCUGACUGGCCACCAGGGCCUGGAGGAGGGUGACAACAUCAAGGGUGGUAUGGGUUUCCCUUGUGGUCUGAGUCUGAACCACUGUGCCGCCCACUAUACACCCAACGCGGGCAACAAGAUGGUGUUGCAGGAGAGCGACGUCAUGAAGGUCGAUUUCGGAGCUCACAUCAACGGACGGAUUGUCGACAGCGCCUUCACCGUUGCCUUUGAUCCUGUCUAUGACCCUCUUCUGGCGGCUGUCAAGGACGCCACCAACACUGGUAUUCGGGAAGCCGGUAUUGACGUUCGCAUGAGUGACAUCGGUGCCGCUAUUCAGGAAGUCAUGGAGAGUUACGAAUGCGAAAUCAACGGAACUAUGCACCCCGUUAAAUGUAUUCGAAACCUCAACGGUCACAACAUUGACCAACACAUCAUCCACGGUGGGAAGAGCGUUCCCAUUGUGAAGGGCGGAGAUCAGACCAAGAUGGAGGAGGGUGAAGUCUUCGCCAUCGAAACCUUUGGAAGUACCGGAAAGGGUUAUGUGCACGAGGAUAUGGAAACCUCUCACUACGCUCUGGUCCCUAACGCUGCUCCGGUGCCUUUGCGUCUUUCUUCUGCCAAGAAUCUGUUGAACGUUAUCAACAAGAAUUUUGGAACUCUUCCCUUCUGUCGUCGGUACCUCGACCGGUUGGGCCAAGACAAGUACCUCCUCGGGUUGAACAACCUGGUGCAGUCGGGCAUUGUCCAGGAUUACCCCCCGCUUUGCGAUAUUAAGGGCUCUUACACUGCCCAGUACGAACAUAGCCAGGAUCCCCAGGUCACGGCACAGGAUGCUCAGCCCUCCGGGAGGAUCGCGCCUCCAGAGAAAUCGGCUGUCGAGGAUCGUUUUUUCUGGACCUAUACGGAAGAGCCCCACCGAUCGAGGCGAUUGGCUAUCAUCAAAGCCCAUCCAGAGGUUACCAAGCUCUGUGGACCGGAGCCAUUGACCAAAUAUGUCGUUCUGGGAGUCGUUUCUCUUCAAAUCCUCUGCGCCUAUCUUCUCCGCAAUACCUCCAUGCUGUCCUGGACAUUCUUCGCAACGGCAUACGUGAUUGGGGCCACUUCCAACCAGAACCUCUUCCUCGCCAUCCAUGAGAUCUCACACAAUCUCGCCUUCCGGUCCGCCAUGGCAAACAGACUACUGGCGAUCUUCGCCAAUCUUCCAAUUGGCUUGCCAUACAGUGCUGCCUUCAGGCCUUACCACCUCACGCAUCACAAGUCCCUCGGCGUGACUGGUCUGGACACCGAUCUUCCCACCGCCGUGGAAGCCUUCUUCCUGGAUUCGCUCCUGGGCAAGGCAUUCUUCUGCACCUUCCAGAUCUUCUUCUACGCCGUCCGGCCCAUGUUCAUCUACAGCCCGCCCUUCACCUCCAUCCACCUCCUCAACCUCGCCGUCCAGCUCUCCUUCGACUACGCCCUUGUCCAGAUCUGCGGCGGCUCCAUCCAACCCGUCCUCUACCUGCUCAUGAGCUCGUUCCUCGCCGGCUCCCUCCACCCCUGCGCCGGCCACUUCAUCGCGGAGCACUACUUCUUCUCCCAGGUCUCGCACGGCACCGAGUCCCUCCAGGCGCUCCAGAACCCGAAGGAGGAGCAGAAGUCCCCGGCGCCGCAUCCGCUGGACUCGCUCCCGCCGCCGGAGACAUACUCCUACUACGGGCCCCUCAAUUUCUUCACCUACAACGUCGGCCUGCACAACGAGCACCACGACUUCCCCGCGAUCCCGUGGACCCGACUGCACGAACUCCACCGCAUCGCCAGGGAGUUCUACGAGCCCCUGCCCUGCCACCACAGCUGGGUGUGGGUGAUCUGGACGUUCAUCUUGGAUAAGAACGUGGGCAUGUGGUGUCGCGUCAAGCGAGCGCAGGGGGGGCGUCUCGUCGGUGGCGGAGGUGGCAAUGGGCGGGGUGGAGAGGGCAUCUCGGCUUCCUCGGCGGCUGGUCCGCAGGAAUCCGGCGAUGGAUGGAAGGAAAGCGAGAUCCAGAACUGAUUUUCUCGGCUCUCCCUAUCUAACCCACCCUCGUCAUGUCAUUGUAUACAUACGCCGCCUUUUGUGGAUUGAGUGAUGAACCCCCCCCCCCCCCCCGCCGCC